AUGUCUCUGGGCUCAGCCAGCCAUUGCGCUCCAGCUGCCGCUCCAGCUGAAAAGCCACCCCCCGCACUGGAUCCUUGGGCCAGCCACUUCGCUCCGCAACCCCUCUGUAAGCCAAGUACUUUCCUUAUCUACCCCUCGUCCGGGCUCUUGAGACGAGGAAAAAAGCAACCACGAGGUCAGCCGAUGCGUCUUUGCUUUUUGUAA